UAGUCCGUAGAUGUCUCUUUUACAUCAGAAGCCCCUGGAUUGGGAUAUCGUUGACUUAUGGUAUUUAUUUGAUAACGAUCAUCGUCCGUGAUACCUACGUACCACAAUACCCGCCACCGGGCCGGACAUGGUAAAAUCGUUGCUAGCUUCGUUGGAUGGCGUUUGGCUUUGUGCUCCACCGUGUCUCGCCCUGGUCGGAUUGUCGGGUGAAUCUGGCCGAUGCAACGUGCUGGCCGCCGAGCCAAGGAUAACUCGGGAGGUACGUCAUUGGCACUGGGUGCGGUGCAUCUUGUCUUCCAAACCUUGGCAACCUUUUUCAACACUUGGCAAUCCCAGGCUUCUCACACAUGUCGCUGCAAACAUGCUCAAUCGAUAAUUCAUUGCGGGAGGUCAACUCGAAUCCAUGGGACUCUCUCUUUGCGAUUCGUCCCUUGUUGGGCGGGCUGGGCAAUGUGCCUGCAUUUGGACGGCGGUUUGACUGAAGGGCGCGGUCCAACAACGGCGGGACCCCUCCUGCAAGAGAUUAGAGGUAGGUUCUGCAUUCUCGUGCCUUGUAGCUGGAGUGGAAGGUAUUUCCAUGCUCCAAAGUACUGAGGUGCCGUGAGCCAGGCCAUUGAGAACUGAAAUCCCCUGAGCCAGAGAAAGCUUGGAGCUGCGGCCUGUAGGCGGGUGAGUGAAGAUGUCCGUUACCUACGGGAUGCGACUGCUCGUUGC